AGACAAUCGAAAGACUUCAUCUGAACGUCAGCAUCCACGCAUGCGCGCUGCAGUCAUCACAGUAUGAAGAGUGAAGCGUACAAGUAGCUCCAGAGAUGAAGACACCUCCGGACAGACCAGGAAUCAUUUUCGAGGUCGGAGCACAGCUGGAAGCGCGAGAUCGACACAAGAAAUGGUACACAGCCACGAUUGAAAAGAUCGACUACGACAAAGAGAAGGUCCUGGUCCACUACCGCCAGUGGAGCCGUCGGCAUGAUGAAUGGUUUCAGUGGAACUCGCAGUACCUGCGGCCGAUGGAGCGAGUCAGUCUGAGGAGGCAGGGCAUCAAUCCACCACACUCACAACCGAUGUUUGUCUCAGGUACAAAGGUUCUGGCCUGUUGGACAGACUGUCGUUUCUACCCAGCCAAAAUCCUCAGGGUCAACAAAGACGAAUCCUACACAGUGCGUUUCUAUGAUGGCGUAGUUCGGACUGUGAAGCCCACCAAGGUCAAACCCUUCCAGGAAAAGUCCAAAUCCGAGAAGAGCGCGGUGGGAAGUGAGGGAUGGGAGGAAGGAGAGAGCGAGGAGGAGCAUGAGGAGGAAGAGGAUGGUGAAGAAAGAGAGGAGGAGGGGGAGAAGAAGGAAGAGGAGGUGGACGAGGAGAAGGUGACAUCAGAGGAGACGGAAGGAUCUGUGGAGGGGGAAGAGGAGAGGAAGAGGAGGGCGGAAGCGUCAUCCUCCCAUCCACCAGCAAAGAAGAAAAUGGAUGGCAGUGGAAGCAGUGGAGAUCAGAAUCAGCCACUCACUGCUGACCCCUCCCAGUCAGCUGCUCCUAACGACAGCCCCAUCGAAAGAGACGUCCUGUUGGAGCGGCAGUCUCACCUGCCCACCACACACAAAUUCAGCAGAGAACCAUUGUACAGAGUGAUAAAGAACCAGCCUCCUCCCAUCCUCUCCAUUGAGUUGGACCACAACCCCUUCAAGUGUCCCUCAGAGGGCUGCACCAAGUCGUUCAGGAAGGCGAGUCUGUUGCACUACCACAUCAAGUACUACCACUUUGACAAGCAGCUGGACGAGGGAGGCAGCGAGCAGGAGGCACCGAGGAGGAAGCAGUCGUCUUCUGAGGGAGGUGACUUGGCGCCAGACAGGAAGAUUGAGAAUAUCAUCUAUCAAUGUGACGACACAGAGCACAGCACCAUGGGAGCAGAAGUUAAGAAGGACGGAGGGAGGGAGAGGACCGGAGGACAGAGCAGAAAGGAGAGGAAGAACUUCCUGAGGCUCAAACUAAAGAAGAAGAAAAAGAAGAAGAAAAAGAAGAAAAGUCAGUCAGGACUCGGCAGCAGUGACGACGAGAACUCAGACAGACCUCCAAUCACUCUGAAGCUGUCCACCGGACACAGCAACACGCACUCACAAGUCGAGGACGGCAGCGACUGGUCCACGCUAACAGCCGAGAGCGGUGAGGACACAGCCUCUUGGCCGGCUGCUAUGGAGACUGACGAGUGCGAGGUUGUGAGGUGUGUGUGUGAGGUGGACGAAGAGAACGACUUCAUGAUCCAGUGUGAGUCGUGUCUGUGUUGGCAGCAUGGAACUUGUAUGGGUUUAUAUGAAGACAACAUCCCACAUAACUACAUCUGCUACUACUGCAGACACACUGCAGGCUGGAGGCGGGCUCAGCGUUUCCUGUCGGAACCAGAUCUGCUGAUAUCUGGUCACAUGUUCGGCCUGUCGUGCGUGAAGGAGAACUAUUCGGAGAUCAACGCCACCAAGAUCACACACACCGGCCACCUGCUUGCACACACACAUGGCCUCAAUCAGGUCCUCAGUGGGCUGCAGCUCAAAAUCAGCCUGUUACACUCUCCGUCCCACCCUGAUCUGCAGUUGUGGAGGUUGCCAUGGAGAAGGGAACAGGGGCUGAGAUUGACUUCCAGUCCGAAAGGAGAUCCCACUGCCUGUUACGUCAGCAGCGAGCACUGCUACCAGAAGCCCGGAGCAUCAUGGGAAAAGGCAGAGGAGAGAGAAAAGGAGGAGAUGCAGGAAAACAACACUGAGCAGAAGGAAAUAAAGACUGAAGUGACCGACGCUGCUCCAGAUGAUAAUAAAAACGCAGUGUCAUACACAGACACACACAGCGACACCAGCGUAAAAACAGAAAAGCACAUGCACGCAGACUGCGAGGAACACACACGCACUUGGACACACACACCUGAGCCUUGUCCAGCAUCUGAGGCCGAGUGUCAGCUCAACCUGCUGGAGCAUGUCGAGUCUCUUCACCACCAGAUCAGUGCUAGGAUGGACCUGAUAGAGCGGGAGCUUGACGGAGGCGUCUCUAUCAGAACAAUAUCUAGUGAUGCUGUGAAGCAGCGUAGGAUCAUGGGACCUGUUGUGUUUUGGAGAGUCUCCUCCUCUCCAAAACAAACACAUUCAAUCCAUGUUGGAGUCCUGGUUGGACCACUCAGGUGAGCUUGAGCCUCCUGACCCUUUGUCCCGACUCCCGCAGCUCAAACAGAGAAUCAGACGGCUGCUGCGUGACCUCUGCACUGUGCGACGGCUGUCGGUCUGCCGCUGACACACCCUCAGCGUCAUCGCUGACCCUGACCAUUGAUCCUGCAAGUCACUGCUAGACAUUAGGAGCAAAGGGACAGACAGACUGACGAGGCCAACUGUGGUUUGUUUCCACUCAGUCACAGGACACACUCCCUGUAUUGGUUGCACUGAGGCAAGAGGGAAAAAGCGACUGAACCGAUGAUUUUUGUAAGUUGAACUUCAUAAAGGAACAAGAAACAUUUUCUAAACCGACUCCAGGGCGACUUCACGCCUUGUCCAACCACACAGGCUGUGGUGACGGCAGGUUUGAUCAGUGAUCGAUGGAUCUGGACUUUUGAUCCACUGCUGUCAUCAAUCUGUUUGUGUCUGUUUGAGUGUUGACUGAACACACUAUGUUAUCAUACAUUUCUAGCAGCUGUAAAGACUAACAAACUUCCUGUUGUGUAAAAUGUAACUGCUCUCACACGCACACACACACACACACACACAAACACAAACCUGUAGGAUCUGCCUAGAUUUUUCCGCAGUGAUGCCUUUUAUUAGUUGGACAUUUCUCAGUUCAAAGGUUUUGUAAGUGUACAGAAAUAUUUGAGGAUUUUUUUUGUUUGUUUUUUUCUUAAAAAUCCUAUUUUACCCUUUUUUUGAAAUUGAAAAAUGGGGGAAAAAACACUCAGGUGAUCGUAAGGUUUGUUCACAGCAAAAUCCAUCUAUACAUCUUUGUUUUGUGACCACACUGGCCCUGUUCACACCGGACAUUAACACUAGUGAUGGUGUAUAAUAUUGGUUUCAUUUUUGUACAGUGUGAGAAAAGUGGAGACGCGUCGUCCAUCUUUAUUUACGGUCACUGAUCGUCUUUAUAUACAGUCGUUUAUCCACACUGUAUGAAAUCUAUUCCUCUCUGUUCAUGUUUGUUCAUCAGGUUUAAGCAAAUUCUACUUUUCUGGAUUCACAUCAAAAAAAGACAAUGUGAGUGAAGACUCCGUUCAUGCUUGACCUUUUGGGAUCAGUGACUGUAGCAAGACAGUCUAAGCUCACAGCUUCACUUGCUGUAGUCGUGUUUCAGAGCUAUCAGCAGCAUCUCACGGCCGCCUUCACUUCAUGUGUGUGUUUGUUUUGGUUCGUCCUGAAGAACAUUUCAUGCAGAACACAGUUGGUUCUCAGCAUUUUCGCCCCAUUCUCAAUAAAACCAACACCUUCCUCUGCCGUGACACAAACUGUUUAAAAAUGUAAAUAUGUUAAAUGUAAUGUUUUAUACUCUUAUACAAGAAUCUAACUGUAUAAAGCUGCAGAGUUAUUUUGAUAAACAGAUUGGUUAUGAAUCUAAAGUGGAUUAUAAGGGAAGAUUGGAGAUUCAUUCUAGAGAGGGAAAAGUUGUAAUUACAAAAAAAAUAAAAAACAACAUUUUCUUAUAAUGCGACUUACGUCUCAGCAUAUUUGGACUUUUUUCUUCUAAUACAACUUUUUUUCUCAAAAAGUAUCCAGUGUUUCCCCUUGACAGUGGCUCCGAUCUACUCUGAUGUAUUUGGUCGAGAGAGAAAAAAGCUGAUGUUUUGCCUCAUUUAUUGUGAAACAUUUUUUUCUUUUCUUUUAUUUAAUAUAAAUGCUGUUUGAUAACCUAGAGUCAGUUCACCCCAGUGUCAGAUGAUCCUCUUCAACCGCACAAGGCUGCCUCUCAAUAGUAGAGACCUACAGUGGCAUCCACCUGAAACACAAACACAGGAUUUAGUCGUUUUGUUUGAGUUGAUGAGGACCAGCCUGAACAUCUCACAUUAAGCACAUUGAGCUUUAAAGUCAGAAGUGAAAGUUUUUCUUCAUUAUUUUUGCGCUCUGAUUCAAGCAUGUCUUUUUUUUUUCCUGAGGAUUUCAAGCUUUGAUUAAAAUGAUAAAACUC